AUGUUACUCUUAGUCCCACCACCAAAAGUUGAAAAUGACAAAGACGCUGUUCGCUUUCCAAAACAAGAGCCUAAUGACCAUUGUGCCACGACAGCGUCCAACAACGAUCAGAGUAAAGUUUUAGUGCUAUUACCUCCCCAAACCGACCUUAGCUCAACAAUGAUCGUACCGGACACUGCCACGACUUUCAGUGAGAGUGCAGCCACUGCUGGACCUCCCACAGCAACAGGCAUGGCAACAUCCUCUGGAUGGUUUAAAGACUUUGAUCGACUCUGUAGCCUACCUCCACGGCCUUGCUCUCAACAACAGCGAGUGCAGCGGCGGUUCAGUUCCCGCCCUCGCUCCUGUUCUCGUCCUCGAUCCUGUUCCCAUUCUAGUUUCAAUUUUCAUCCCCAUCCUCAUCCGAAAAGGCAAUCAAGAAUGAUUGAAGGUGAUAAUCAUUAUAGGCUUUGGAGGCAACACCUUGCAUUCUUGGAGCGAUUCACUACACAACCAAAUGGGGCUGGGACUGGAGUAAAUGCGGUAGGAUCACCUGUUCCUCGAAGACAUUCACAUCAUGGAAAUUCUGCUGCAGUGAAUCAGGAUUGGAGAUAUGAUAUCAUCCACGGGAUAGGGGAUCGGCGGCGAAAGUCAAUGCCCAGCCAGGGUGAUGGUAGUGAUGGUGAAGGAAGAGGAGGAGGGAUUAGAGCAGGAAGAGAUCUUCAUCUUUGGUCGCCUCAGAGGACAUGGACAAAAGUAUCGACGCUUUUAAAACACCCUUCAGCAAAUAGCUUACAGUCCCAGCUAUUGUCAUCAUCAUCGUCAUCAUCGUCAGCAUCAUCAUCGCCAUAUUGUUUCCCUCCAGGAUCGCCACAGAUGUUUCGAGAGGCAUUCAAAAGGACCAUGAGAGUACAAUCGCCAGUGUUGACAUCAACGAGUGAAAAAGUACAGCUGGACCCCAAACAGCUUUCUCAUCCUAAAGAGAUGAUGACGAAGAAUGGAUUACAAGUAGAUGGUAGGCUUAAAGAGAAAAACGAGGCUAGGAUCGAAACAGGGAUGGCAACAGCAGCGGCAGAUGAAGAAAACGAAAGAAAUACCGUUGGUGACGAUGACGGCGGUGACGGCAACGGUAGCGAGGGCUUCAAAAGAUUCAGCUUUUUACCAUCACCAGCACCCCCUCCUCCUCCUCUCAUGAAGCGCGAGCCUAUAUCCGAGGAACCAAUGGAAGAAGAAGAGAUGGAGGCGGAGGAGGAGGAAGAGGAGGAAGGGGAGGAAGAGAAGGAAGGGGAGGAAGGGGAAGGAAAGGACGAUGAUGUGGAAAACGCGUCGUUGCCAAAGGGCAAGACAAUCGAUGUGUCACAUUAUAAACCAGGCCAAUACGUUGUUACAGAGGGCUCUAUCCGACCAUCAUUUCCGCGAGAGACGGUCAUAACGGCGCAUGAUAUCUCGUUGAUGACAGCAUCCCUCAAAGCGCUCACUCCGUUGGAGAUCCAAAGCCAAUUGUAUAUGGGAACCCGGCAACAGACAAGACGGAGGAGACAAUCUCGACGCAGGAGCCAUAAUGUCAUCAUUGCAUCGUCAUCGGCGGUUGUUUCGGCGGAUACAGCGGUAGCGAGAGCAGGAGUAGGAGCACAACCUGUAUUACACAACCAUUCCGUCUAUAGAGCACCCCCUGUCCCUAUUCUUCGUGAAGGGUCCUCUAUGAUAGGUCUAGGCCUUACAUCCAUGAACGCUAGUGCCAAUAGUAUUAGGACUAGCACGAUGGGCGUGAACGAUCAUAAAACCACAAAACAGAGUGUGAGCGUGAGUGUAGGGGCGAAUGAGAGACCUCUACCGGCACAUUAUUAUCUUCCACCGAGUGCAUUCAGAACUGCAGCAGACGUGGCAGCAGAAGAAAGAGAAGAAUUGGAGAGAAAACAACGACAGCAGCAACGACAACAAGAAAAAAAGAUGGAAGAAACAGAUGAAUUCUUGAUCUUUUCACCAUCAUUACCUUGA